GGUCCUGCGUGUUGGGGUGCCCGGGGUCCCGCGGGAGCGGCUGGGCUGCAUCCCCUGCCCGCAGCCCCCUCCCCUCCGCGGCUGCCCCGCACCGCCCUGCCCUGCCCUGCCCUGCCCUGCCCGGUGGCCGGCAGGAAGGGUUUCCCGCACGUCAUCUACGCGCGGCUCUGGCGCUGGCCCGACCUGCACAAGAACGAGCUGAAACCCGCCCGCUUCUGCCAAUUCGCCUUCGACCUCAAGUGCGACAGCGUCUGUGUCAACCCCUACCACUACGAGCGCGUGGGGACCCCCGGCAGCGGUCUGAGCAUCCCGAGCACAGUGCCCCCCCCGCGCCCGGUGAAGGAGGAGUUUGUCCAUGACUGUGUGCAGAUGGAGCUGCCGGCCCCCCCUCGGGACCUGGGGGUCGAGACCCCCGCCCGGCCCCACCGAGCGCUGCCCCCUGAGCCCCCCCGAGUGCCCCCCCGGAGCUACCCUGCGCUCCCCAUGGCGCCCCAAGCGACCCCCCAGGACCCCCUGGGCCACCCCGAGGGCCCCCCAGCACAGAACGGGUACCCCAAACCACCCCAGCACGGUUCACCGCUGAGCUGGAGCCCUGCCACCAUCUACACCCCGAGCUUGGGGGGCUCGCAGCCCCCCCUGCCACAACAUCCCGGCAGCCAGGGCCACCCCCAGCACCGGCCCAACCACUGCUGGCCCCCCAUGCUCCAACCCCCCGUGUCCACCCACCCUGGCCCGGAGUUCUGGUGCUCCAUCGCCUACUUCGAGCAGGACGUGCAGGUGGGGGAGAUCUUCAAGGUGCCCUCGAGCUGCCCCUCGGUGGUCGUGGAUGGAUACGUGGACCCCUCGGGGGGCGCCCGGUUCUGCCUGGGGCAGCUCUCGAACGUGCAGCGCUGCGCUGCCAGCGAGAGGGCACGGCUGCACAUCGGGAAGGGCGUGCAGCUGGAGCAGCGAGGAGAGGGCUGGGGGGUCCAUGCUGAGGCUCUGGCCAGGCUGCACAUCGGGAAGGGCGUGCAGCUGGAGCGCCGAGGAGAGGGCGAUGUGUGGAUGCGCUGCCGCAGCGACCACGCCGUGUUCGUGCAGAGCUUCUACCUGGACAGGGAGGCGGGCAGAGCCCCCGGGGACGCCGUGCACAAGGUGUACCCCGGAGCGCACAUCAAGGUGUUUGACCUGCGCCAGUGCCACCGGCAGAUGCAGCAGCAGGCGGCCACUGCCCAGGCUGCGGCCACUGCCCAGGCGGCCGCGGUGGCCGGGAGCAUCCCCGGGGCUGCCUCUGUGGGGGGCAUCGCCCCGGCCAUCGGGCUGUCGGUGGCCGCGGGGCUCGGCGUGGAUGACCUGCGGCGCCUGUGCCUCGUUAGGCUGAGCUUCGUUAAGGGCUGGGGGCCCGACUACCCCCGGGCCAGCAUCACCUGCACGCCCUGCUGGAUCGAGGUGCACCUGCACCGCGCCCUGCAGCUGCUGGACCACGUCCUGCACGCCCUGCCCGACGCCCACGCCUGAAUCCUGCAAGCAACGGCCAAAAAAAAAGGGGAAAAAAGGCAAAAAAAUGAAGCGAAAUGGCAAAAAAAUGAAGUGAGUUUACAGAAAGUGUGUUGGUUUAACAGUUAUUUAAUGGAUGGGGUUGGUGUUUGUGGCCUGGGUGUAGUGCAGCCCUCGGUGCUGAUUUCCACCUCCUGCUUUAACUUUUGUAUGAAAAUAAACCAAAAAAAAUUUUAAAACGAGGCGAAAGGA